AUUCAUCGUUCAUGUUAUUCAUCACUCGGGCAAGUAAUAGUAGAAAGUCAUGCUGAAAUAAACUUGCCCGAAGUGGUCCAUUAGUAUCGGGUUGAUUAUGAUGGGUAUAUCAUGUGUCAUACAUUUGUAUCGUAAAGUAAAAAGACGCGUUACAUGUAGACUCUUUACGUUAAACAUAUCGAACAUUCAGGCGUGCAUCGGAGGCAUAUUCAUAAUCACACUGCUAAUGAUAUGUGUUGUAAACUACGAACUGAUUCGUACAGAAUUUGGAGAAAAAUUUGCCACUGAUAUCAAUAAGUGGAGGCUGUCACACCUGACAAAUGUUUGCCAACGAUUAAACAAUGGAGGACAUACAAACCUUCAGCCGGCGUUCUAUCUGCACAGCAAAAAUUACAGUUUGGUUUAUUGCCCAGUGUUUAAGGCAGGCACCAGCACGUGGUUCUACAACUUUAAUACAUGGGCAGGAUUCACGGAAUACGAGAUCAUGCAUAACGACAAUCUGUUUCUUGCGCGUAAGUUCUACCCGAUAGAAAAUCGCGUCACGUUAAUGCAAUCGAUGGCACAUUCAUUCUCGUUUAUCAUCGUACGGCAUCCUUUCGAGCGUUUGAUAAGCGCUUUUGAAGAUCGACUGGUGAGUAUGAAAAAUGCGUACUAUUCGCGUGUAUCCCUAGCCAUCUAUCGCCGCUAUCACCCGACGGGGAGCGGCAAAAUUACAUUCCGUGACUUUGUGCAGUACAUUAUCGAUGAUGUCGAAUAUCGCAACAGCACAAUGGGGUUAGAUAUUCACUGGUGUCCAGUUAACAAUAUCUGCACACCUUGCUUAGCUAGAUAUGAUUAUAUAAUCAAACUGGAAACAUACGAGCAAGAUGUGGAAGUGAUGAUAAAAGCGGCAAAAUUGCAAGGUAAAGUGAAACUAAUGCAAUUAAACCACGUCAGAAAGGAACCUGUCGAAGUUCUGAUGAUGAAAUAUUUUUCACAAAUAACGCAGAAACAAUUAGAAAUAUUGUACAGUAUUUACGAGAUCGAUUUCGAAUUGUUCGGAUAUUCUGCUGACAAAUAUUUUCAAAUACCAAAAGCCGUGACGUGAAUACAGUGAACCCUCUCUUAUUUAAGAGGCGAUGGGACUCUCGAAUAAGAGGGGUUUUCAAAUUACAGAGGUUGAAAGUGAAUGAAAGGUCCAUACAAGACAAGAAAGAGACAGAACAUUUAGUAUGCAGCCUUAACUGUUGCUAUAGGAAACUGCGAACAGAAUCGCUAAUUUGAGCAUACAUCUUUCAAUAACCAUGGCAACACCAUACACAAAUAAGAGGGACACAGAUUUCAGAGGUUUUCCAAAUUAGAGGAACAAAAAUGUACUGGAAAUCAAGGGACUGUGCAAAAUGUUCAAAUAAGAGAGGUUUUUCAAAUUGGAGAGGUGUCAAAUAAGAGAGGGUUCACUGUAGUUAUAUUGCAAGAGAAUCGGGAAAAUUUGUAGAAAAGAAGCAAUUACAGCUUUGUGUGUAAACGUUAAACUAAAACAUGAAACAAUCGUGUAAUAUGUAAAAAUUAAGAAAAUUAAAUUAAUACCUUAAAUUUAAAUAAGUUGUUAAUUAACAUGGUAAAAUGUGAGGCUAAAGCUUGGAUUAGGUUAUGUAUUUUAUAUUCAAAUAAAACAAAAAUCAUUUACAGUUGUUGA